AUGAGCUCAGUUCUCAGCUUCCUCCGUAAUGGCAGUGGCUGUGGUGUCGGCAGCGGUGGCAGCAGCGGUGGCAGCAGCCUCCAGCAGCAGUAUUGGCCUCCACAUGGCCCCCCUGGGGCCAUCCUGGGUGCAAGGGGCACCAUGGAUCAGAGCCACUCAUCCUUUAUACUCAGUUCCAAUAACCUAGGACACCUGGCUGGAACAGCUAAAGGCGAGGGAGACCAUCUGGCAGAAGCAAACCGCCAGCAAGCCAGAGUGGAGUUCUGCCUGUGUCAGGGCUUGGGAAUUGGUUGGCAACCUGAACAAAAGGAACCUGAGGUGAGCCUGUGGGGCAGGGCGCGGGGCGAACAGAGGAGAGUGGAGGUCAGAAUCGCGUGCUCGACUGAGCUCCGCCAGAUUCCCACGCCCAGCAACAUUAGGCACCUGCUGUUUAUGCUGCUCUGGGGGCUCCCCCAGCUUGGGGGAAGUUUCGAGAUCCUGCAAAGGAGUUUCCCCGUACGCUGCCUCCAGAUCUCGUCCUUCAACAGCAGCAGGAGGUGCACGGACUGCUUGGUGUGGCUGGGGGAGCUGCAGACCCACAGUUGGAGCAAUGACUCGGACACCAUCCACUUACCGAAGCCCUCCUGGUCUCAGGGAAAAUUCAGGGACCAGCAGUGGGAGACACUGCAGCACAUAUUUCAGGUUUACCGAAGCAGCUUCAUCAGGGACAUUCGGGAAUUGGCCAAAAAGGUGCACAUAGUCUAUCCCAUUGAGAUCCAGGUGUCUGCUGGCUGUGAGGUGCACCCUGGGAGAGACUCAGAAAGUGUCUUCCAUGUGGCAUUUCAAGGGAGAGAUAUCAUGAGUUUCUAAGAGUCUUCUUGGAAGCCAGCCCUUGAUGCCGCACAGUGGGCUGAUAUGGCCCACAGCGUGCUCAACAGGAAAAUGGUGCAGCAGCUCCUCAGUGACACCUGCCCCCAGUUUGUCAGUGGCCUCCUUGAGGCAGGGAAGUCAGAACUGGAGAAGCAAGUGAAGCCCAAGGCCUGACUGUCCAGUGGCCUCAUUCCUGGGCCUGGCCAUCUGCUGCUAGUGUGUCAUGUCUCUGGAUUCUACCCAAAACCCAUGUGGGUGAUGUGGAUGUGGGGUAAGCAGGAGCAGCCAGGCACUCAGAAAGGCCAGGUCCUGCUCAGUGGUGAUGGGAUGUGGUAUCUCCGAGUGACCCUGGAUGUGGCAGCUGGGGAUGCAGCUGGCUUGACUUUCCAGGUGAAGAACAGCAGUCUAGGAGGCCAGGACAUCAUGCUCUACCAGGGUGAGAAGGAACCAGGACGCAGACUGCAAAUGGGAGCAGGAGGUCCUCAGGCAUAG